CUUCGCCUACGCCGCACUGAUCAGCCUGUGCCAAGGCUUGUGACUUGUCCUCCACGCCCGGAUCCCCAACUCCAAGCUCCUAGAACGGUCUUCGCUCGUUCAGAACUUUUCAAAGUCUUAGGAAAGGAAGGAAAACUUCAAUCGUCGUUGAUUAGAAAUGCCAAAGAAUAAGGGAAAGGGUGGCAAAAACCGGAGGCGUGGAAAGAACGAGAACGACGAUGACAAGCGCGAACUGAUCUUCCGAGAAGAUGGGCAAGAGUAUGGCCAGGUCACCAAAAUGUUGGGAAAUGGUCGUUUGGAGGCUCAAUGUUUCGACGGUGAAAAGAGAUUAGCGCAUAUUCGGGGCAAGAUGCGCAAGAAGGUUUGGAUAAACCAAGGAGAUAUCGUUCUAUUAUCGCUCCGCGAUUUCCAAGAUAACAAAGCAGACGUCAUCGUCAAAUACACGGCCGACGAGGCUAGGAAUUUGAAGGCAUAUGGGGAAUUACCUGAAAACGCUAAAAUUAAUGAGACUGACACCUUCCCCGAAGAGGAUGGUGAAUGCACAUUCGAGUUCGGUGACGAAGGAGACAUCGACAUCGACGACAUUUAGAGCUGUCCAUGUAUCUUUUAUGAUCAAUUUGUGCCUGCCAUAGUACGAAUGUUAUGAUACGGCGUUGCCUAUUGGA